UUCCGUCCCUUCCAGAAAGAGCGUGGUGAAGAUGGCGGCGGAAAACUCAACGCCGAGUGAUCUUUACAAAUGCGUUUAUUCGUUUCUGCUGGAGAACAAGUUCUCCAAAGCGGCUCAGGAGUUUCUGAAGCAGACUAAAGUGACUCUUCAAGAUGAAAAUGAAGAGAGUCUGGUCAACAUCUACAACUUCUGGGUGAAAUCUCCUGAAGCCAAAAAACGAAAAGCACCGGCAGAUACGACUGAAGUUACAACAAAUGGUCCAAAAGCUAAGAAAGCAAAAACCACUGCAGAAAGCUCCAGCAGUGAGGAGUCGAGCAGUGAGGAUGAAGAAGCACAACCAACAAAAGCAACUCCAGCAGCAGCUCAGGCUGGUCCUGCCAAAGCAGCAGCAGCAGCGACUAAAGCUGCGUCCAGCAGCAGUGAAGACUCCAGUGACUCUGAGGAGGAGAAGGCACCUGCAAAGCCCCCAGCGAAGGCUCCUGUGAAGCCAGCUGCUGCUGCUCCUGCUGCAGGCAGCACGAGGAAGAAAGACAGCAGCUCCAGCAGUGAAGAGUCUGACUCUGAGGACGAGCAGCCCGCCAAAGCUCCUGCAGCAAAACCCAAGACAGCUCUAGUUGCAGCACCAAAAGCAGCCGCCCCCGUUAAAGCUGCAGCUCAGAAAAAACAAGAAAGCAGCAGCAGUGAAGACUCCUCUGAUUCUGAAGAUGAAGAACCAGCUAAGGCUCCAGUCAAACCUGCCCCAGUAAAGCCUGCAGCUGCUGCUGAGUCAAGCAGUGAGGACUCUUCAUCAGAAGAUGAGGCUCCACCAAGCAAAAAGCCCAAAGCAGGAGCAUACAGUGCAGUCCCUCCCCCUGCUUCAGUGCAGGUAGCUCCAGCUGCAGCCAGCAAGGCCAAAGAGGACAGCUCCUCUGACAGCAGUGAUGACAGCAGUGAUGAAGAAGAAGGGAAGAAAGGAGCAGGGAAAUCUGCACCAGUCAAGACCCCUGCUGCCAAACCUGAUGUUCCCAAACCAGCUGCAAAGAAAGCAGAAUCCAGUUCAGAUAGCUCAGAUUCAAGCUCAGAUGAAGAGGAGGCAAAGAAGCCUGCAGCCAAAGCAGCACCCACUAAACCUGCACCUGCCAAGACUGCACCAGCUAAAAAGGAUGACUCGGACUCAUCGAGUUCAGAGGAAGAAGAGGAAAAGAAGAAACCUGCAGCAAAGGUGACUCCUGCUAAAGCUGCUCCAGCUAAGCUUGUCGCAGCUAAAGAAGACUCCUCUGAGGAGGAGUCCAGUUCAGACGAGGAGGAGGAGGAGACAGCAAAGAAGCCCCCAGCUAAACCUGCACCUGCCAAGGCUGCCCCCGCUAAAAAAGACGAGUCUUCAAGCUCAGAUUCAGAUAGCUCUGAAGAUGAAGCUCCUGCAAAACCUGCAACUAAAGCUUCUGCUCCACCAGCGCCUGCUGCUGCUUCUAAACCAGCAGCAAAGGCAGCAGACAGCAGCUCUGACUCAGAAGACUCAUCUGAGGAGGAAGAAGAACCAGUGAAAGCCAAACCAGUGGCUAAACAAGCUCCCAAGCCUGCUACCCCUGUUACAAAGCCUCCUGCAGCAGCAGAGAGCAGCUCAGAUUCCGAUUCCUCCUCUGAGGAUGAGGAAGAUGCAGGUAAAGCAAAGCCAACUGCAGCUAAACCAGCUGCACCAGCCUCCAAGCCUGCAACACCUGCAGCAAAGCCUGCUGCUGCUGCUAAAGAGAGCAGCUCUGACUCUGCCUCUUCUUCUGAUGAGGAGGAACCAGUCAAAGCUAAACCUGCAGCAGCUAAGCCAGCGACACCAGCAGCCAAGCCUGCCACUCCUGCUGCAAAACCUGCUGCUGCUGCUAAAGAGAGCAGCUCAGACUCUGAUUCAUCUUCUGAAGAGGAGGAAGAGCCAGCCAAAGCAAAAGCUGUGGCAGCAAAACCUGCAACGCCAGCCUCAAAGCCUGCAACGCCUGCAGCAAAGCCUGCUGCAGCAGCUGAAAGCAGCUCAGACUCUGACUCUUCUUCUGAUGAGGAGGAACCGGUCAAAGCCAAACCUGCAGCAGCUAAGGCAGCGACACCAGCCUCAAAGCCAGCCACUCCUGCAGCAAAGCCUGCUGCAGCUGCAGAAAGUAGUUCUGACUCUGACUCCUCUUCUGAAGAUGAAGAUGAACCAGUGAAGGCUAAACCUGCAGCAGCUAAGCCUGCAACCCCGGCUUCAAAACCUGUAACUCCUGCAGCUAAACCUGCAGCAGUGGAGAGCUCAGACUCUGACAGUGACAGCUCUGACUCUGAGAAUGAGGCAGCCAAACCUGCAGCAAAGAAACAAACUUCUGCAGCGGCAAAGAAGCCUGCCCCUGCUGCCACAAAAGCUUCUGCAGACUCUAGUGAUGACAGCUCCAGUGAAGAGGAGGAGGAGGAACCCAAGAAGACAACACCAGCACCCAAGCCUGCCCCCAAAAAGGCAGCUGCAACAAAGAAAGCAGAGGAGAGCAGCUCAGACAGCACUGAUUCAGAGACAGAGACCAAGGGUACACCUGCUAAACCUGCAGCCACAAAUGGCAAGGCCACAACACCUAAAGCAGCCACCCCUGCAGCCAAGACCCCAGCCAAGCCGGCAGAAUCCUCAUCCAGUGACAGCAGCUCUGACGAGGAAGAAGAGGUCAGUAAAAGCGCUGCAAAACCUGCUGCAACAACCAAGACAACCCCAGCAGCUAAAGCUAAAGAGAGCAGCAGCUCUGAAGACAGUUCAUCCGAGGAAGAGGAAGCACCACGCAAAGCGGCCACAGCACCAACCACCCCCACAACAAAUGGUACCAAGGGCAAGAGAAAAAGAGAGAAAGAAUCAUCAGAAAGUGAAGAAGAAGAGACAGAAGACAAGACACCAAACAACAAAAAACCAUCAACCACACCACAGACGUUUCCUAAAGCCAAUAAGAAGACUUCCCACAUACCGUUUCGCAGGAUAAGAGAGGAUGAAGUAGAAGUGGACCCCAGACUUGCAGACAACUCUUUUGAAGCAAAGUUUGGAGCAAAUGGAGACUGGGGCCAGAAAGCUAACGACGUUCUCAAGUUCACAAAAGGAAAAUCAUUUCGCCAUGAGAAGACGAAGAAGAAGAGAGGAAGCUACCGCGGCGGAGCAAUCUCCACGACAGUCAACUCUAUAAAGUUUGAUAGUGACUGAGGAAUUUUUUCACCUGGACUGUGUGAUCAGGACUAUCAGACAUCACAUCAAACUCUCCCUGUAUCAUCAUCGUCUCCUCCCAGCAGAGCUCAGAGGAAUGUGACCCGCUGAGCUGAACUGAGCUGGCACUUACAUCUGAGUAGCUGCCCUUCUGUUGUCCUUAAACCUGAGGCGACAGUCUGUUUAGCUGUGGCUGCAGGGGUGAGCUCUUCCAGCUAUGAUUUCAAAUAUCAAUGUGACAGUAUCACUUAUAGCCACUAGGUGGCUGCCUGCCACCUGUUAAUGGUAAAAAUGAUGUUGGGCGCUUUUAUUUUCAUGGUUUUGACUCUGCUUACCUGUUCUUUAUUCUCAUAAUAGCAAUGCUUUUCUUUGUACCUUCCCUUUUUUCAUUUCUCUGUGUUUAUAUGACAGCCAGCCACCUUGACAGGUUCUUUAUUACGAGCCUAAAAAGGCAUUCUAAUUUUAUAGAUGACGUGGACUCUUGGUUUGUCUGGUCAUUAGUCAGUUUUCAUUUGGCUUCGUUUCAAUGUGCAGAUGGUGCUUACCUGGGUGUUUUCUCUUUUCACAACAAGACCAUUUAGAGGCUAGAGCUGAGUUUUAUACUGAGUAUUUAUUACGUUUUAUUCCAGUUCAACUUUACGGACCUUUAAAGCCAUCUUUAAAUCUUAGAAGUAGCUCUGACUUGAUCCUUUAAAACUGUAAUCCCUCCUUCAUCUGUUCAUCAGUGGUCUGUGAUUAAUUUUUCAGCAAUUUAACGGAGAGCCAUGUUUGUUUCAGUUAAAGAACUUUUGUGUACCUCUAUUUUUUAUUGUUAAUUCUUGUAGUGGUGAUUAAAAGCCUAACAAAUUAAA